UGGGAGCGUGGCUCUACCGAAUAAGAGGUUGUUGGGUUUGGCUCUCUUUCUAGGAGCCGGCCAACGCACUGUACUUCCUUCGGCCUUCUAGCUCGCCCUAGUUCCCGAACCAGCAACUGGACAACCGAGGCGGCGCCGAUGGACUGCGCAAGCGGCGCCGGCGCCAGCGCCGGCGGGGAUCGAUUGAAGGUAAGUGACUUCAGAGAACAAAUCCUCCAACUUGCGGGGCUUGCUUGUCAUGAAGAGGAAAAAUCACAGACUGAGCUACUAGAGAAGCUAAGAAAAUGUAACAAACGUACACUAGUUGAACUGUGUCGUUCAUUUGAUAUCCCUGGUUCAACAGGUACUAAGAAGGAUGAACUAGUGACAAUUGUGAUGGAGUUCUUGAUGGAACACUGUUCUGGUGUUGAUGGCCCAGACCCUGACAAGAAAGUAAAGAAAAGGAAGCGUCAGUGGGAAGGAGUGAAUCUAUCUGGCGCCAAACCAUCAAAGAAAAACAAACUUGAUGGGACUAUACUAGAGACUCAUGGUGAAGCGGAAGCUGAUGGAAGAAAGGUUGAGGAGGGUAGAACAAACUACUCCGAGUUUCCCUUGAAGGAUAACAUAAAUGAAUGUGCUCGUAAUACGAAAGGACAAUUUCCAAAGGAAAAAGCCAACUCUGAUCCUUCCGAAAGGGUAAAUGGCUCAGUGUCAGAGAAUUUAGAUGUAGUUUCUCUCACAGAAUUGCUGGUUCCUACAAAUGAACAAGGACUAGUGGCAACACCAUCAACAAAGCUGGUUAGCAAUGUUGAGGACGAUGAAAUGGGCAUGAGGGCUUCAACAAGGAAAAGCACCUCUGUUACCAACAAAAAGGCAACACUUAACUCAGAUCACAAGGAGAAAUCUUGUGGUAAAAAGGUGCCUAGAGGAGAUGCAGGACCUCGAAAGCAGGCAGUGAAACCAAGUAAAGAUGAGCUGAGACAAGCUGUCUUCUUUAUCUUGGAGACUGCAAAUUUUGCCACGAUGACCUUUGGAGAUGUUGUAAAAGCAGUUGACAAAUACUUUGGCAAGGAUUUGUUUGAGAGAAAGCCACAGAUAAGAGCCUUGAUAGAGGAGGAACUCUUUAGGCUCGCAGAGGAGGCUGAGAAGAAGGAACUGGAAGAAGAGGAAGCAAAAGCUAGAUCUGAAAAAGCUGCCAUCGAAAGCACAAAAGAGGGAAGAGUUGAAUCAGAUACAGAAAAGGAAAGUGAACUUCAAGCUGGUCAAGACGGUGAAUCUAAGGAUUCUGAAAAUAAUGACAAUAGAAAUUGUAUUGAAAAAUGUGCCAAAAGUGAUAUCUCUGUGAAGGCUAAUGGGAACAGAAAUAACAAAACUUCUGCUGAAAGUUCACAAGAUGGCAGAGCUGAAGUUGACACAAAUAAUGAGGAUAACUGUAAUAAAUUUACCAUGGAUGUCAAUGCUGAAACCGUUGUGCAGAACGCAAACGGUGAUGAUGGUGCAGAAAUGUUCAGAGAUGGUAAAUCUGAAACUGCAAAGAAAGAAUUUAACGGCAACGCCGUAUGUGGUUCUGAAACUGGCAAAGCCAGAGAAGAAAAUGGCACUGAAGAUGGCAGAACUGAAGAAUGGAGAAGCGGAAAUGACAGCAAUGCUGCAGAAAAUGUCGGUGACUGUGAACCUGAAGCGUCCAACGGUAAUGAAACAGGCGAACAUGUAAACAUUUUGGGAGAUGACAAAGCUCAGAGAGCUGGUGAUAGUGAGGGCAGUGAGAAUGUUGUAUCCCAUGGCCCCGGAUGUGACAGGGUGAAAGAUACCAUAGUAAAUGUUAAUACUGAGCAAAGUCCAGCAGAUGCAGAUGAUGAUGGUAAAGCUAAAGUUGCGAAGCCUAAUGAGAAGAACAAAGAUGAUGUAGAUUCCAGCAAGUAUGGCACUGCUGAGAACGGGAAGACCAUGGACGAUGCGAAGACUAACGAGGAUGGCCAGGCAUAAUCUGCAGAGAUGGUGAGGGAGGAUUGCAGAUGAAGGCAAUAGUAGUGCAGGGGUCCAGCUUGUGCAGUGUUGUUGUUUCGGCGGAAAUUACCACUUGUGUAUUAACUCCAGAAGGAUAGACUACGCAGGGUUGAUCAGGUUAGAAAUCUGCUUGGCUUGUCUUGUAUAGUGCUGGACGUGGAAGCCAGUAGAGUUUGUCGUUUGAGGAGGACAACCUUGUUUUUAACUUGAAGAGUGGCAGGCGUUGUUAGGAAA